CCCCCAGAGGUGCGAGGGCCAGGACUGGGUCGCAGGGUUCCCAGGCUGGGAGCAGGGCGCUGGGCGCUGGGCGCUGAGCGCCGCAGGUGCUGGCAGCCAAGCGGCAGCUCUGCGCACCAACUUGCUACUUCUGCUCAGCCGAGGUCCUACCUUCGGAGCCCGCGACUCCCGACUGCUGUCCACGCGCCCCCGGGGACCCCGCGCCUCACCUGUGCUCGGGUCCCGCAGCCGCGAUGAGCGAGCUUAACACCAAAACAUCCCCAGCAACCAACCAGGCAUCUGGCCCAGAGGAAAAAGGGAAAGCUGGCAAUGCCAAGAAGGCUGAGGAGGAGGAGGAGAUUGACAUCGAUCUGACGGCACCGGAGACAGAGAAGGCUGCUCUUGCCAUUCAGGGCAAGUUCCGGCGAUUCCAGAAAAGGAAAAAGGACCCUAGCCCCUGAAUGGCCAGUCUUGCCCUUCACGCUGCUACCUUCUUUUCCCUUCUCCACAGCCCUGACUCCCAUGUGUCUUGGCCCUUUGUCCCUCUAGCCUCUCACUGAGGCAAAGCCAACCUAGCUCUAAACUCUUUUCUCUGACACUCUGAAGCCAUCACAGCAGUAGAGGCACAAAGAACAUGGAGAAGAUGAAAACUUCAGUGGCAGCCAUCUCCCUAAGGGUGAACCAGUCUUUCCUUGGGCUAAGUACCUAGGUCUGCCCUGUGGGGUUGGAGCAUAAGAGGCUUUCAGGUUGACAGGUCCCUUCCCCACUCCCUAUCAACAAUGUGGAAAAGGGAGGAGCCUUUAGAAUAGGGUACCUGAGACUGGGGCAGAGGCACUGUCUGCCGGUUACAACAUUCCCACUUCAUGUGACAUUCCAGAUCUUUCCACCCACCACCUCCAACUUCCUAGGAUCAAAGUCACCGUGGGGACUGGAGCCUCCUUUUCCCCAGGCAGACCUGUACCUAGCAGCUUACCACAUUAGUGCAUGCUGAACAGUUUAGCUCCCACCUAAGGAGGCAAAGAAAACUUUCACUCACCAUCCAGUCUAAGACCAUAACAGGCAGAGGCAGAAUAGGCUCUAAGGCCAUUAGCAAGGAAUUAAGGUAUAGAGGGGAUUCAGGGAAGAAAGAAAAGUCAAGAAUGGGGAGAUCUCUAAAACCACAGGCUAUGGCCAUUACAAGUGCAGUACAUGAAAGAUUCUUGGGGCUUUGCUAACCUGCCUACCUCUAACCCUCAACUCUACUCCCCCAAACCCCCAGUCCCGAGGCUGUGCGAGCCAAGUGAUUCCAUUAGUUCCCACCUGCCCCCUGCGAAGUCAGGGCAGAAAUGGAAUAGCUACUCUGUGAUUUUAGCAUGUUUAAUAAUUAUAACAAAUAAAAAUCCCUCCAAUGGGGUCAUUGAACCUC